UAAUUUUUUGCUUCCUUGUUGGUCUAUCAUUACUGAUAGAAUAUCGAAUUCUGAACUUUUGUCAUAUGACUAGUUUUCAUAUCUCUCAAACGCGGACUUUGACCAAAGUAGUAAUGUUCAUUUCGCCACCUCUCAUCUUGUGAAGCACAGUCGGGACACAUAGCCGGCUAGCGUUGACACCGUUUGCUGUUAUCAAGAAUCAUGCCAUCGACAAAAGAAAAUGUAUUGAUGGGCCUAGGGGGUGCUGCAGGUGCUGGCAUCCUAGCAUGGCGAACAAUGUUUCCAUGGAUAGGCUAUGACUUUGAAAUCAUGAAAGCUGGGAAGAUUGCACAAAAUGAAAUGAUGGCUGACUUUGAGAAAAGGCGAUUUGUAAUCGACAUGUUUGAGGAACAAGUUGCCAAGCAUCCAAAAGACACAAUGUUGAUCUUUGAAAACCGCAUCUACUCAUACGAAUUGAUGAACAGUCAAGCCUGUAAGGUUGCUAAUAUUGCCUUGAAAUGGGGACUGCCACAAGGAUCCACAGUAGCUAUAUUUUUCGAAAACGAGCCUGAUUUUAUAUGGACGUUUCUUGGUCUCCUGAAACUUGGCCUUGGUGUGGCAUUUCUUAAUAUCAACACAAGGUCCAAACCACUUGUACACACUAUCAAAGUCAGUGAUGCUAAGGUAGUCAUCAUUGGAGCAGCUGAUGAGCUUCACCGAGCAGUAGAUGAAGUAAGCGGUGAAAUUGACAUUCCAAUUUAUCUGGCGGGUUCAACUUCAGAGGACGUUGGUCAUCGCUACAAAUCCUGGGAUUAUAUGAUGUUGAGGAGCCAGGAUAAUGAUAUUUGUAAAACUAUCAGAAAUCCCCUCACUCUAACAUCACCCUGCAUCUAUAUAUAUACAUCAGGGACAACAGGUUUACCAAAGCCAGCCAUUUUGAACAUUGCAAAGGCUGUUGGGUACUCCAAGUUCUGUCUGUUCUCGGGGUUGAAAAAGGGUGACAUCAUUUAUACAACCACUCCGUUGUAUCACAGUGCUGCAGUCCUGGCCAUGUUCUGUGUGAUGAAUACAGGUGCAACCAUGUUAUUACGUCGGAGGUUUUCUGCCAGUCAUUACUGGUCAGAUUGUAGGAAAUAUGGAGUGACCGUUGCGCAGUACAUUGGGGAACUCUGCAGAUACUUGCUGGCACUACCAGAGAAUCCAGAGGAUGGCGUACACAAUGUUCGAGCUAUGAUUGGCAAUGGCUUGAGAAAGGACAUCUGGACAGAUUUUCAGAAACGUUUCAAGGUGCCAAAAAUUAUUGAAUUCUUCGGAGCAACAGAAGGAACAAGUGCCAUGGUAAAUUUGAACGGCAGGGUUGGAGCUUGCGGAAGAAUCUCUCCCUUCCUGAAUAAAUUGGCAAGUAAUAAGGUAUUUAUCGUCAAGUAUGACCCUGAUACAGAGCAGCCAUAUAGAAACAAACAAGGCUUUUGUGUGGAGUGUAAGAUCGGUGAACCAGGAAUCCUGAUAGCAGGUAUUCCUCCCAUUUAUGCGGAAGGCUUCUACAAAGGUGGAAAGGAAUUGAACGAGAAGAAAACACUACGUGAUGUAUUUGUUAAAGGAGAUGCCUUCUUUUGUUAUGGAGAUUUACUGUACAAGGACAGUGAUCAUUUUGUUUAUUUCCAGGACCGUGUAGGGGACACAUUCAGGUGGAAGGGUGAAAAUGUUUCUACCAAUGAGGUUGCCAAUGUGUUGACUGGACUGGACUUUAUACAGGAUGCUAAUGUUUAUGGUGUACACAUUCCAGGUAAAGAUGGCAGAGCAGGUAUGGCGGGAAUUUUAUUGAAAGAAGGUGUAGAAUUCCGUGAGGACAUGCUCAAAAAGAUUUACCAGCACUGUCAACAGAACCUGCCAGGCUAUGCAUGGCCUUUGUUUCUGCGCUUUGUCAAGGAAAUGAGCUUAACAGUAACAUACAAACAACGUAAGGUUGAGGCAGUCAAAGAAGGUUUUGACCCUAUAAAGGUGACGGAUCCUUUAUACAACAUUAGUGUCAAAGAUAAGACCUAUGUACCACUGACUUCGGACACCUUACCUCAGUUUCUACAAUCUAAGUUAUGAACGGCUUAGACAUGCCUCAGGUUACCAUACAAAAAAGUGCCUUGUCCAUCUGUUCUAGUAGACUCAAGGAUCAAUAUUAGAAUUAAUUGUUUCAGCUACAUUGUAGAGAAAACUCUUUCAACUUUUGUACAAUUUUCAUGAAAUGUAACUUAGAUGUUUAAGCGAGAUAGCUACUGAGUUCAUAUACUUUUGUAAUUGUUUCUUUUAUCCCAUCACAAUCAUCAGGUAAUAUGAGUUGUUCCAAUCACCUGUCAUCUGUUGUCAACCCAUAGUUUUAAGAAAUUUUGUUAAUUGCUAUUUCUUGGGAAGUCCUGGAUUUGAUCUUUCUUAAAUUUCAUGGUUAGGUUCUUUGUCUCUUGUGCAGUGCAAAGAUGACAAGGACAGACUGACUUCCCAUAUAACUGAUAAAGAUCAUGCAAUGGUGGGUGCCAGGAUCCAAUAGAGACAUUUUAUUGUUACUGUACAUAUUUUGUGUUUUGAAGCAAUCAAAUAAAAGAUUCUUCAGAGAAGUAUGAGGCUUUCUGUAGUUUACAUAUAAAGCAGUAGUGAAGACCAAGGAUAUUAAUCCACAGCAAUAAUUUUGAUGGCAUGGGUUUAUUGCCAGAAAAUUACUCAGAUAUGUAUAUAUUAUGAAUUUUAUAUGUGUUUUAUACCUGUAGAAACUCAGGUAAAUUCUAUGGUUGUAAGAAUCAUUUAAUAAUACCAAAUGUACGGAAAGACUUGGAUACAUUUCACAACUUCAGCAGAAAGAGUUUUUUCGUUGCUGAUAAAGAACAAGGAACUCUCUACAAGUUAGUGAUCCGUUCGUUAUAUCAAGUGUGCUACGUUUUAGCACACCUGUAAUUGUUCUUUCUUAGUUAAGUGAUUUUUCGUUUUUCUUUGGCCUAGUCAUAUGAGUUUUCUUUUUUCUUUUACCUAAUCAGAUGAGUUUUCUUUAUUCUUUGACUUGGUCAAAUGAGAUUUUCUGUGAUUGUAGAAACCUGUCUCUUUAGAACGUCUAUUUUCUGAAUUUUUCAGGAUUUUCAAAAAUAUUUUUUAUUUCUCAAUAUAUGUGAAUUUAUGGAAAUGUCCUACUUGUAUUCAGAAAUCUUAUGUUUAUACACACCAAGUGGUUUCAGGAAGUCCUACUCAUGAUUGUGGAAGAGGAUGGUUGGAGGUUUAAAAGUUAGUUAGUUUUGUGU